GGAUGGAGAACGGGAGCUGGCUUGGCGGUGAUGUGGUUAGACUUUGUGCUCUAUUUAUCAGCUCUUUCUUAGGUCAUUUCUACGGGGAGAAAAUCUAAGUCUUCCAUGAUGAAACUUGUGUUUGUUUUUGCUGUGGUUGCGUAUUUCUUUGCAGAAAAUCUAUCACUUCCCGUUGGAGAAGAACGACAGCGAGAGGAUGUGGUAACACGGUGCUUGGUUGAGGUCCUGUCCAAGGCGUUGACCAAACCUGACUCUCACCCUCUGGAUCAGGAAUGUAAAGAUAUUCUCAAAGCAGGUGCCCAACAUGCUGCUCCUGUGGAGAAGACAAGUGAUGAGCUGCUGACUAAUGAAGAGGAGGGCAAAGAACAUGAACCUAAGCCUGAGGCACCAGGGGCCAAUGUGAAAGACAUCGAGGCCCUCCUGAAGUCUGUGGAGGAGAAGAGGGAGACACCGGAGGACGAAGAUCGCAGCCAGGAGUCAUGGGACCUCAACUACGAGAAGGAGAAAAGGAUUUGGAAACCAACGCACAGGUAUCAUCAUAAGAAACCCAAUCACAAACGUGAUGAGGAGGUUUCUGAAGAAGUGAGAGAAGAGCCAGACGAAGAACGUAGUCAGGAAUCCUGGAGCCUGGGCGAUGAGAAGGAGAAGAGAUAUAGGCCUACCUAUCGGUACACCCCCAAGAAACACCACAAACGAGACGAAGAGGGUUUAGAGGAAGAGAGAGAAGAGCCAGAAGAGGAACGUAGUCAGGAAUCCUGGAGCCUGGGCGAUGAGAAGGAGAAGAGAUAUAGGCCUACCUAUCGGUACACCCCCAAAAACACCCCAAACGAGACGAAGAGGGCCUACCUAUCGGUACACCCCAAAAAACACCACAAACGAGACGAAGAGGGUUUAGAGGAAGAGAGAGAAGAGCCAGAAGAGGAACGUAGUCAGGAAUCCUGGAGCCUGGGCGAUGAGAAGGAGAAGAGAUAUAGGCCUACCUAUCGGUACACCCCAAAGAAACACCACAAACGAGACGAAGUGGGUUUAGAAGAAGAGAGAGAAGAGCCAGAAGAGGAACGUAGUCAGGAAUCCUGGAGCCUGGGCGAUGAGAAGGAGAAGAGAUAUAGGCCUACCUAUCGGUACACCCCAAAGAAACACCACAAACGAGAUGAAGAAGACGAAGAGCGCAGUCAAGAGUCCUGGAGUCUGGGUGAUGAGAAAGAAAAGAGAGAGGAGGAUGAUGAGGAAAGAAAAAAGAGGAUCUGGAAACCCACCCAUCGGUACCACCACAAGAAGCACCACAAACGCAGUGAAGAUCCUUCAGAGGAAGAGGAGGAGGAGAAAGAUAAGAGAAUUUGGAAACCCACACACAGAUAUCACCACAAGAAACACCACAAACGAGAUGCUGACUCAUCGGACGAGGAAUCAGAGGAGAAGAGAUCAGAAGAGUCAGAGGAAGAGGAGGAAGAGGAUAGAGAGAAGAGAAUCUGGAAGCCCACACACAGAUACCACCACAAAAAACACCACAAACGUGAUGAGGAGCUUUCAGAAGAAGGGAGAGAGGAGCCAGAUGAAGAACGCAGCCAAGAGUCCUGGAGUCUGGGUGAUGGAAAGGAGAAGAGAGAUGAGGAUAUGAUGAGAGAUGAGGAUGAGAGAGAAAAGAGGAUUUGGAAACCAACUCACAGGUACCACCACAAGAAGCAUCACAAACGCAAUGGGGAUUCCUCAGAGGAGGAAGACGAGGAACAAAGGGGCGAUUCGGACGAACACGAGGAGGAGAAGAAGCAUGGAGAUGCCGAGGAGGACGAGAGACAGAGGGAUAGGCAGGAGGCUCUGAGGUACCUGGCAGAGAAGAGUCGUCUACUGGGGGAGGGCGAGGUGUAUGAGAAACGUUCUCCCUGGGCUUACAGAGGAUACUACCACCCCGCCUGGUGGAAGAGAAGCAUAGACCCACACACACCAUUGCAUAAGAUGGAGGAACUGGCGAAGUUGCUGUCCUAUAAGAAUCACCAGCUGGCCAGCCAAUCAGAGCUGGCAGACGAGGAAAAGAAGAGGAGCGUAUCUCUAACCCCAGAGGAGGAGAAGGAGCUGGAGAACAUAGCAGCUAUGGACAUGGAGUUACAGAAGAUAUCUGAGAAGAUGCAGGAGGACAGGAGUGAAUAGAUAAGACAGGCAGAGGCAUGCAGACAGGGAUGCUAAGAUACACAAGGUUAGCACACUGAGAUAGUAACAAAAGACUAGAGAGAGAGAUAGACUGACCCGUCAGUGUUCCGGACAAAAAACCACUAACAUCCAAGAGCCUUGCUGCAAAUUCUGCCGUGUUAACCUUUGUACCUGUGAAAUGCUGAUGUUCUCAAAAGAGACUGUUUAGUUCAUAUAUAAGUAUGAUAGUAUAAAGAUAAAGUAGAUGCUUUGCUAAUUUGUCCGGAUAUCUAUAUAUUUAAAGUACGCAUGACCUUUGAAUGGUUGUUUGUUUGUUCAGUCUGCAUUUAAUAAAAUGAAUUAUUCUGA